CACCACUAUCAACAUCACCACCACUGUCAUCACCACCACCACUAUCAUUACCACCACCACUAUCAACAUCACCACCACUGUCAUCACCACCACCACUAUCAUCACCACCACCACUAUCAUUACCACCACCACUAUCAAUACCACCACCACUAUCAACAUCACCACCACUAUCAUCACCACCACCACUAUCAUUACCACCACCACUAUCAUUACCACCACCACUAUCAACAUCACCACCACUAUCAUUACCACCACCACUAUCAUUACCACCACCACUAUCAACAUCACCACCACUAUCAUUACCACCACCACUAUCAUUACCACCACCACUAUUAUUACCACCACCACUAUCAUUACCACCACCACUAUCAUUACCACCACCACUAUCAUUACCACCACCACUAUCAACAUCACCACCACUAUUAUUACCACCACCACUAUCAUUACCACCACCACUAUCAACAUCACCACCACUAUCAUUACCACCACCACUAUCAUUACCACCACCACUAUCAUUACCACCACCACUAUCAUUACCACCACCACUAUCAUUACCACCACCACUAUCAACAUCACCAACACUAUCAUCACCACCACUACUAUCAUUAA